CUCUCUCUCGUCUUUUCUUCUUAAAUCUCAAUGGAAUCUCUUACCUGGAAGAGUAUUUGAUUCCUCUCUCGUUCUCGUAAACUGUAGAAACUUCCUUCAUCAUCUCCCAUGGCCAUGUCUCAGCAGCAUCAAUUCCAACAGCAGCAGCAACAGAAUCAAUCGAAAUCCUUCAGGAACUUAUUACCUGUCGAUGGGCAGAUGUCCACACCGAUCGCCUUCUUCAACCCUUCAAAUUUCGUCGAUCAAUCUCAUCCGCAAUACAUCCCUCCUUUUCAUGUAGUCGGAUUCGCUCCUGGCCCGGUAUCUGCGACGGACGGCGGUGGAGGCGAUCUGAGGUGGAAUAAUUGUUCUCAACCGAAGAAGAAAAAAUUGAAAGAGCAAGACUUCUUGGAGAACAAUUCCCAGAUUUCCUCCGUUGAUUUCCUGCAAACGCGAUCGGUUUCAACGGGAUUAGGGUUGUCGCUCGACGAUAAGCGUAUGGCUUCUUCGGGAGACUCGCCUGGUUUCUCCCUCCUCGAUGACGAGAUCGAUAGAGAAUUGCUGAGACAGGACGCUGAGUUGGAUCGAUUCGUCAAACUUCAGGGAGAACGGAUGAAGCAAGCGAUCCUAGAGAAGGUUCAGGCCAAUCAACUCCAGACUCUUUCAUUUGCCGAAGAAAGGAUCCUUCAAAAGCUGCGUGAGAAAGAAGCAGAGAUGGAAGACAUUAACAGGAAGAAUAUGGAACUUGAAGAACGAAUGAAACAGUUGAGUGUAGAAGCUGGUGCUUGGCAACAGCGGGCAAAGUGCAAUGAGCACAUGAUUACUACUCUCAAGUUUAAUCUCCAGCAAGUUUUUGCACAGAGCAGAGACAGCAAGGAAGGGUGUGGAGAUAGUGAGGUUGAUGAUACGGCUUCUUGCUGCAAUGGAGGGGCUAUUGAUUUUAACCUGGUUACCAAGGAAAACAAGGAUUUGAAGGAGUUAAUGACUUGUAAGGUUUGCAGGGUUAACGAAGUAUGCAUACUUUUGUUGCCCUGCAGGCAUUUAUGUCUGUGUAAAGAUUGUGAGAGUAAGCUUAACUUCUGUCCCUUGUGUCACUACUCAAAGCUUAUCAGCAUGGAGGUCUAUAUGUAAUGAGACGGCUUCGAGUUGGAUAUCAUUUGUAAGUUAGAUGUAUCGAUCUUGCCCAUCUUGAUGUUCAAUUCAUGCCUAUUAAUUUCUCUUCCUUUUA